AUGGCCCCCAAACCCAUUAUUUCAACUCCACUCCAAAAAAUCAUCGCAGACGGCAUUCGCGCAACGGGACCAAUUCCUCUGGCGACCUACAUGCAGCUAUGCCUCUCACAUCCGACUUACGGCUACUACAUGAGCCCGCAAAACAGCAUAUUUGGCACGAAGGGCGACUUUGUGACGAGCCCCGAACUCAGCUCAGUUUUCGGGGAGAUUGUUGGAGUCUGGCUGGUAUAUCAGUGGUUGCAGAGGGAAAAGCAGCUGCCUUUGCGGAUUGUUGAGCUUGGUCCUGGCCGUGGUAUGUUGAUGCACGAUAUUCUAAGGGUUGUGGCCCAGUUCAAAAGUGGCCAAAACGCGCUCCAGUCCAUCAAUUUGGUCGAAACAAGCCCCACACUACGUGAUCUACAAGCCUCUCGGCUGGAAGCUGCGACAAUGCAGCUUGGAUCGCGUCUCGAAUGGCAUGACUCCGUCGAGCAAAUAGAACAACGUGAAGAUGUCUUCACUCUCGUGGUCGCACAUGAGUUUUUCGACGCGUUACCUGUUCAUUUGAUUGAGAGGACCGAGCAAGGAUGGCAGGAGAUACUUGUAGCCCUUUCGGAUGCAAACACCUUCCAAUACGUUCUUUCCCCCAAUCCUACCGCCGCUUCGACUCUCCUUGGUCAUUCUUCCCCUCGCUUUGCGACACUCCCUGUUGGCAGUCGGUUAGAAGUAUCACCGACUGGGUUCAGAACGAUGCGCUCAAUUGGCAGCUUGAUCGCUGGCCCCCCGCCAGAGAGAAUAGCAAAAGGAUGUGGCUUGAUCAUCGACUAUGGAAAUGCUCAAGCCUCAUCCAACUCUUUUCGCGCAUUCAAAAACCACGCUAUAGUUGAUCCAUUCAACGAACCUGGCAAUUGUGAUUUAACGGCAAACGUUGACUUUGCCCACUUGACCGAGGCGGUUGCGGACAUCGUGCCGGUCCAUGGACCUCUACCACAAAGCCGAUUUUUGACAGAUAUGGGGCUUAACAUGCGUGUGGAAGCCCUCUCAAGGAAAUGCCAAACACCAGAAGAGAAAGAAGCAUUAAUAUUGCGGUCGACGGCGGAUCGAUUAGUAGACGAGAAGGGCAUGGGGAGUCAAUACAAAAUUUUAGGGCUAGGUGGUAAAGCUGGCGAUGUGUGGCCGUUUUGA